UAUGUUGCUAAGUUAUGUAAUUGUUCGAGUGUGUUUCAAGUGUGUCUUUAAUAAAGCAAAAUCCGUUCAAAAUUUACGUGGAAUUUAAACCGACCUCAGCUCACCUCGUUUACCUCAGCUGAAAUCCAACGAACCCCGGAGGAGGAGAUCCAAUGCAAACAGUGAGUGCAGAGCCAGGCAUGCCAGAGUCCACUCCAGAAAACAUUUCUGAAGGCCUUGGGAGCAGCCACCUAAACAAUGGGGUUCUUGAGAAGUUUGCCCAAAAUAUGGCAGAGAACAUUAUCCAGUUGUUCACAAGCCAAAUGGAAACGGCGGAGCCUGCGGCGGACUUUGAGGUGUCCAGAUUUAAUCAGAAGCUGGAGAUGUUAGCUGAUGGGUUAGCUUCAGUAGUCAUAGAGGCUGCCCUGAAGGAGGCGUGUAGUGGUCAAAACAAUGAGGAUCUCUCCGCAGGGGGUUUCCAGAGCUCAAGAUCAGCUGUUAUAAAGAUGGAUGGCGGACAGGUUAAUCAGCCUUUUAUCGAUCGAUGUGAAAGCCAAAGAGACUCAUUAGAAAUGGACACAGAGCUGGAUCCAGGUAAAGAAAUCCAGACUUCCAAAGACACCCAACUCUAUCAUCCACCUCUGUCCCAGACAGGACUCCCCCUUGUGGGAUCCCUCGACUACCCCGACGCCCCUCCGACCACACCUCUCCUCCCUGAGCUUGAGAGGAGCAGACAUAGCUUCGCCAGGAAACUGAAAGGAGGCCUGGCGAAGGUUUUCCUGCCUUCACCUCCGCCGCCAACCCCAAAGGACAAAGAGGAUGACUCAGACGGCUCCAGCGUUGACCCCCGGUUGGCACUCAUGGAGCAUCUGAUGCAUUCACUGCCCACGGAGGACUUGGCGAGAGACCAUUUUGAAGUGGGACGUAACCAUGGAGCCAAUAUGGAGGCUUUUGCUGAUGCUCUUUCACGCGACAUCAUUGACUGGGUCCUGAGUGCCAGCGAGCAGACAGCCAAUGAUGGCGGUGUUCACCUGCUAGCCCAAAAACUCGCAGAGACCAUCAUCACCUCCUCCCUCGAUGAAGUUAGCACGCUUGCCUAGUGGUUUAAUGGAACUGUUUUUGCACACACGCACAAACUGACUGAAUUUAUUUCUCAGUAAAGUUCAGUUAGAGUACAUCCAGAUAAAGAGUUUAACUGCAAAAUACCUAUUUAAUCGUUUCUGUCCAAGAUGGAAAAAGGAACACUGGCAGGAAAACUCUCAUGGUGUUGGAUGUAGUUGAUCCAACUGCAGUAAUCAUAAAUGUCCUGUAGAUGGCAACGCAGGAGCAAUGCGUUUGCGUAUUUUUGUCAGUAGGACAUCAACAACUGGAUUUAAUUCUGUUGUUUCGCUAUGAAUGUCCUUGUCGGACCGUUGAAGCUUUAUUUGUCUUGGUGCGUGUUUUGUUUGUUUAGAUUCUGUUUUGCAAAUUAAAUUUCCUUUUCCAUUACGGA